AACCACCUCAUUUUCCCUCCACCGUUGCGCUUGACGUCCGACGGUUUCGAGUCCCUUUUUUCACCCAUUGAUGGACUUUUGAGACGGCAAUUGUUGAAGCGCUAGCCGCUUUGAGUCCUUGCGCUGCACCAUACACAUCAAUUCUCGCGGCGCUUGGUUUCGAGCUUGCUUGUCGCAUGAAUAAACAUAAAAAACACCAGUAAAUGGGACAUUGAAUUGCUUUUCGGAUUUUUUCUGAGCAAAGUAUACAAAACCACUACACAGCAAAAAUGCCACCGAAAAUGGGUCGCCCCCGCAAAGCUGGCCCAAAAGCUGACCCAGCGCGCGAACAACGACAGCCCAGCACCGACGAGGACUCGCGAGACAGCGAUGCUUCAAGUCCCUCGGCAGACAAGCCCGUAGCGACAUUAUCAAGCAAAGGUCAACCCAAGCCAGAUCGAAUAGAAAAGAAGAGGAAACAGAAACAGAAGAGACCCUCGGAGACAGCAGAGGAGGUGAGAGAUGUCCAACCCGGUGAUCCAAUCCCUAAAGGUCGCCGUCGACGCUACAAACCAGGCACAGCCGCCCUAAAAGAAAUCAGACGAUACCAGCGCUCUUUUGACCUGCUUAUUCGCAAACUACCCUUCGCGCGACUCGUGCGAGAAGUCGCACUCGAUAUGCUUCCAGCUGAAGUCGGCGCUGAGCUACGAUGGCAAUCACACGCCAUCCAGGCGCUUCAGGAAGCCGCUGAAGCUUUCCUAGUACAUCUUUUCGAGGAUACGAACCUAUGUGCCAUACAUGCCAAAAGAGUCACUAUUAUGCAGAAGGAUAUCCAGUUAGCGAGGAGAAUUCGUGGAAUUUGGGGUGGUUUAGGCUGA